AUGCUUAAUACUUAUCAUACACCAAAAUAGACAUACAAAUAAUAACCAUAAAAAAUCUACUAACAUAUCCAUCAGAAAACUCUAACCUCUAAGUCUCUUUCAUCUUAAUAAUUAUAAUUUCCCUUAUAAUAUAAUCAAAUGAUCAAUGAUUAAGAUCCUUCAACACCAUAAAAGAUUUCAUUGGCUAAGGGUGUUAAAUUAUUAAAUAUUCCAUCUUAACUUAAUGAUAAUAGUUUUAGAAGAAGUAACUCUAAAAAUAUCUUGACUUCAGAUAGUCCACUUAUCACACAUAACAAAGAAAAUAAUUCAAUUGGAAGGAGAAUAUGUACUGAAUCAAGUUCUUAAGAUAACUCAAAUUCUUUUGUUAUUCAAGAAAAUAAAAAGUUAAAUGAACUCAUUUAAAGAUUAUUUAAAGAGAAAUAAGAAUUAGUUACAAUCAUAGAAAAAUUAAAGAAUUAACAAUAAUUUUAAUUGGUUUAAACUGAUUAAUACAAUCUACUUAGUCUAAAAGCAAGAAUUGAAAGAUUAGAAAGUGUUAUUGAUUAAUAAAGUGAAGAAAUUAAUGAAUGGAAAUUAAAAUAUAAAUAAGCAUGUGAAGAAGAUGAAAGAAUAAAUGCAAUUGAUUAAAUGGUAAUAUUUAAUAUUAUUAUAGGAAUCAUAAAUAAUGAAAGUAGUUGAAGAGAAUGAAAGACUAAAUAAUUUAGGUUUUGAAAAAGAUAAAUAAAUUUAAAAUUUAAACAAUCAAAUUAUAACCCUUUAUAAGUAAGUACAUGAAUAUGAAUAAAAAAUUAAAGAUUAAGCAACUCUUAUUAUAGCAUAUGAAUAAGAUACUAAAGAAUUCAAAAAAGAAUAUAAGACUAAAUUAACUAUAAUUGAAUAAUUAUAAUUAGAAAAGACAUAACUUUCAUAUUAAUCAACUUUUCAUGAAAAUUAAUAAGCAUAACCAAAUAAUAAUUAGUAAAUCAUUAUUGAUUCAAUUAAAUAAAUAGAAUAAGUAUAUAUCAUUAAAAUAAUAUAGUAAUUAUGUGAUUUAUCAACUUAAUACACAUCAUAAGUUUUGGAAAAUUAAAGAUUAUUGAGAUAAAAUAAUAAUUUAAAAGAAGAAUUAAUAUUGUAAUAAAAAGUUUUAGAUGAAAUAAAUACAUCAUAAAAAGGGAUUGUUAACCCUAUAUUUUAAGAACUCAAUAGAAAUGUAAUAUUAUUAAAGGAUAAAAUUUUGAAAAAUUGA